AUGGCAAUCGACCACGUCGGCAUCGAAGUCCCACGCGUCAAGUUCGACGAGCUCGUCGCCUUCUAUCUCAAAGUCCUCGCGCCGCUCAACUACGUCGAGGUCAUGCGCCCUGUCGAGACCGCCAUCGGCAUGGGCGAGAACGGGAUCCCGGACUUCUGGGUCUCUGCCAACGAUAAGGCGACCGAGUCCAGCGCGAUGACGGUACAUGUUGCUUUUACCACCAAGAACCGAGAGGUCGUGGAUAAGUUCUACGAGCUGGCGCUCCAGGAGGGGGCGAAGGACAAUGGGAAGCCGGGUAUCCGGGCGGAGUACCAUCCGAACUACUACGCCGCGUUUGUGAUUGAUGCGGCUGGGAAUAAUUUGGAGGUUGUUUGUCAUGAAGACGCUGGAGAAAGCAAGUAG